AUGUAUAUUCUUCUCAUUCUCGCUGCCAUAACGGCAAUAAACCUCGGAAAGGCGUUUGGCACAGAAAAAAGUAUAACUGGAAAAUCAGAGUAUGCGCUUGCUGUUGACGUUCGGGUCUCUGUCCCAUCAAGCGCUUUCAGCUGCAUGAAAAAAUAUGGCUACAAAACUGUGUUUGUGAGAGGUUACGAUCCAACUGGAGAUGGUAAAUUCGACAGCAAUGCUGUUGAUAACAUUCACAAUGCAAAUAAAGCCGGUCUGGGAACCGAAGUGUUUAUGACACCACAACCUCGCUCGGAUAAAAAGGGAAGUCAGCAGCUCGUGGAAUUGUACGAAGGACUCAAGAAUGGAGACAUCAAAGUUAAAACUAUAUGGGUCCAAGUUACAUCGCCAGUGAAUUGGUUUCCCGACACCAAAAUUAACAUUGACUUCCUCAAUGACAUUUUAUCAGCUGCUGCGCAUUAUGAAGUGAAGAUUGGUUUGUACACAAACGGUUACGACUGGAGCCAGAUCACAAAUAAUGCCGCUGCCGACAAGAUCAUGCUUUGGUACUGGAAUGUUAUGGGCGGUGGACCAAACGGUGAGACACCAGCCGAUUUCGAUGAUUUCCGUCCAUUCGCAAAAUUCACGAAACCCACAGUCAAACAAUUCGCACAAGUGGAAACCGUUUGUGAGAUUAAAGUGAAUAGGGACGUGUACAUGUUGUCGCAAUCACAAUCCGUCGCUUCAGCACCUGGUGACUCAAAAGGCGAAGUGGUUGUCGGCAGCCUCGGAGACGGACUGGUCCCUAAGCUUAUGAAAAUUGUUUGA